CGCUCGUGACGUCAUCCUGCUGGAGCGGCUGCUGGGCACGGGCGGAAAAUGGGCACAGAUCUGCGAGCACAAAAGGCUUGGACCCUGAUGAAGACGGAUUAAGUGCCAGGAAGAGGUGUAACAGCAGUCAAGACCUCAUUGAAGAACUAAUUCAAGAAGUUGUGACUCGACGGAGCAUGUGCGAUGAUCCACUGUUCCUGCUCAGCCCGUAGCAAACCCAGCAUGUCUGAGAUGAGUGAUCCUUUGUGCUGCCUGGCCGUCCUCCUUGCCCGCUCCUUGCAGCGAUAGGUGGCGUGAGCAGAUUGCUCCAUCCUGGCAGCCACGGGAGCGUGGAAUGGCCUCUUUGGACCUGCCAUACCGUUGUCCUCGCUGUGGGGAACACAAGCGCUUUCGAAGCCUGUCCUCUCUACGCGCCCAUCUGGAAUACAAUCAUACCUACGAGACCCUGUAUGUGCUGUCCAAGUCCAACAGCGUAUGCGAUGCCGCAGCGCUGCUCCCGCUAGUGGCUGAGGGAGCUCUCACUGCCGAAUCUCGUUUUCCGUACCGCGAGCUGCCCUGCUCUGGUGAAGAGUUUGGCCUUGCACCCUCGUCAACCGCUUGCUACCUGCCCAAUGUGGAGUUUCCCCUGGGGGAGAUCCUCGUGAAGACAGCCAUGAGCUCCGGCGACGCCUUGUCCUCCGCAGGGAACAACGCCGUGGCAGUGGCCGCUAAUGUGGCCGCUAGUGCGGUGGAGGCGGCUUACGAGGAAGGCCUGGCUCGGUUGAAAGCCCGAGCUUUUGAGAGACUUGAGCUGGACGAGAGGCUCGAGAAGCUAUCAGAGGAGGUGGAGCAAAAAAUUUCAGCAAGAGUCAGUCGUCUGCAGGCCGAGUUGGAGAGGAAAAGCUCCGAGCUGGAAAAGGCAAAGCUGGAGAGCGAGAGGCUCAGUCAGGAGAAGCAAGACCUGGAGGACAAGGCCACAGAGCUUUCACGGCAAGUGGACGUGUCUGUGGAGAUGCUGGCCAGCCUUAAGCAGGAUCUGGUUAACAAGGAGCAGGAGCUCUCACACAAACAACAAGAAGUGUCCCAGAUUGACCAGUUCCUACAGGAAACAGCUGCUCGUGAAGCCAAUGCUAAACUGCGUCUUCAGCAGUUCAUCGAGGAGCUGUUGGACCGGGCCGAUCGCGCUGAGAAACAGCUCCAGAUAAUCAGCAACUGCGGCACAACCCCAAACGGCAGCCUGGGACACUGCAGUCUGGGCUCCAAAUCUAAUGGACGACAGAGAAACUCCAGUCUGUCUGGUGCAUCCAGAGGAAUGUACCAAGUGUCGGAUCGACGUUCUUCACCCAGUACUGCUGCGUCAGUGCGAGGGAAGUCUGUGUCCCAGGGCUCCGGAGGUUAUGACAGUGACAGUGUGGAUCUCCAUGCUCUGGAGGACUGUCCUGAUGCCCAAUACUACCAUGUGCAGUGCAGACUCGGGGAAGGAGGAGGCGCAGGGUAUGAAAGAGCGGCUGGCUCCCGGAGCUGGGGUCUCCGCAAACAGGCCAUCCAGAACUGGCAGCGUCGACCGUACCGCAACAGCAUGGAGGGAGAGGAGGGGGACGUGUCUGACGUGGGGUCCCGCACAACAGAGUCUGAGGCAGAGAUGUGGGAGCAGGACAGGAGAGCAGACAGCAGUCAGCACGCGGGACACCGUGGAGGAUACAGGCUGCCUACAGGUCGCUCUGAAGGAGGGUACAAGGGGUCCCGUCAUGAGAAAAGCCCAUCUAAAGGCAGCGAGGUGAUCAGUCCAGAGGUGCUGAAGAUGCGUGCCGCUCUUUUCUGUAUCUUCACCUACCUGGACACAAAGACGCUCCUGCGGGCAGCCGAGGUGUGCAGAGACUGGAGGUCUGUAGCUCGACACCCGGCCGUCUGGACCAGAGUCCUUCUGGAGAACGCCCGCAUCUGCUCCAAGUUUUUAUGCACUCUGUCUCAGUGGUGCACACAGACACAUUCCCUCAUCCUCCAGAACCUCAAACCUCGACAGAGGGGCAAGAAAGAGACGAAAGAGGAGUAUCUGAAGAGCACACGUGGAUGUCUGGAGGAGGGUCUAGAGGCUUUGUUGAAAGGCACUGGCAGUAAUCUUCUCAUCCUGAAGGUGUCACAUUGUCCAAAUCUACUGACUGAUCGCUCUCUGUGGUUGGCCAGCUGUUACUGCAGAGCGCUACAAGCUGUCACAUACAGGAGUGCGACAGACCCAGUUGGACAGGAGGUUAUCUGGGCUCUUGGAGCUGGAUGCAGAGACAUCAUUUCACUUCAGGUGGCACCUUUACAUCCAUGUCAGCAGCCAGCACGCUUCAGCAACAGGUGCCUGCAGACCAUUGGCCGAUGCUGGCCACACCUACGCGCACUGGGUGUGGGUGGAGCUGGCUGUGGCAUACAAGGAUUGGCUUCUCUGGCAAGGAACUGCAUGCGGCUGCAGGUGCUGGAGUUGGAUCAUGUCAGUGAGAUCAAUCAGGAAGUGGCUGCUGAAAUGUGCCGGGAGGGACUGAAGGGCCUGGAGAUGCUGGUGCUCACAUCCACUCCUGUUACUCCUAAAGCCCUGCUUCACUUCAAUAGUGUGUGUCGUAACCUGAAGUCUAUUGUAGUCCAGAUAGGUAUAGAAGACUACUUUGAAGACCCCAACAGUCCCGAGGCCAGAAAACUCUUUGACGAAAUGGUGAACAAGCUGCAGGCACUCAAGAAAAGACCUGGUUUCUCUAAAAUUCUCCACGUGAAGGCCGAUGGCUUGUGCUAACUCUGCUGUGUCCAGGCCAGAGCCACAAAAGGUUCACUAAAUAUUUCAGCCUGAUCGAGUCAUUCUCUCCUCGAUCAAAAGGAGAAGAAUCAAACACUUCUGCUUCAGUUUGAACCCUAAACACCAGUCCACCACACUACGAUGGGCGUAUUUGUUGGCUUUGACUUGACGCAACCAAAUAGAGGAGUCUGUAAAGAUAAAACAAAACAAACUCUACGUGAAGGCAUUAUUACUUGCCAUGGAUGCCAUUGCAACAUCCAAGACCCAAUGGGUUUUCUCCUACUUGCCAAACACUAAACUUAAGAUCUCAGAGAACGUGAAGUCUCUUGGAGGGAGAAGUUUGACCUGUAACAAAAUAUAUAUAUAUAUGUAUGUGAAAUCCAAGCAGCACAAAUGUAAAAUGCACAUGGGUAAGUUAAUUAUGUGGGAGUGUGUGAUUAGUUUGAUUGUUUCAACAAAUCGUCCAUUAGUCGCCAAUUCGAACGCUGAACUUGAUGCGUCGGCCAGCCAUAUUACUAGAACAAUUUCAACAUUACAUGAUCACCAGCUUCAGACAUGGCUUUCUGAGAGCCUUACUUGGGUGCCGUUUCUCCUCAGAAACUACUAAUAUCUUUUGUCUAGAAGAACGAGUUCAAGCCAAGCGAAGAAGCUAGUAAACACAAGUUCUGCUGCCACUUUCAUGUCAGACCCUCCAGGCUUCAGCUGUAUUUUUUUAUAACCAGGGUUUCUCUGCAAAGGAUUGUUUCUCUUUGGAUAUGUUUUUGCCAAUGCCUUCUCCAUACCGUGCCAUUCAUAGCUCCGACAUUUUGUUUUAAGGUUGGAUUUUGGUCAUGCCAAAAUGAGCCAUUGGUGAAGCAGUGAAGCCUAUAGGUGUUGGGUCAUACCCUAUAAGAUGUGUGCUUUUGUAAUUUAAGGGCAAAUUCAUGUCGUGAUGGAUAGAAACAAGCUCAUGGUGCUGUUUCAGUGUUUGCCUACGUUUUUUACUUCAGAACUCGACAUUUUCAUCUCCUUCAUCACUGUUUAAACUUUUGAGGAUUUUCUUAGGAGGUCAAGAUAGUGCCACUGAAUAUGAUCACUUCUUCAUUUGGACUGAUGAUUUCCAUCAGUGUUAAGUUAGCGUAAUCCUAUAUUAUUAUUUAGAUUUUUGUUUUUCUAUAGUCAUUUUAAUUGUUUAAUUUAAUAGUUUUUUAUUUCUGCAUUGUUUAUUUUCAGUUUUAGUUGUUUAAUUAGAAAUUAAACUAAACGAAAGUGAGAUU